GGUGGCGCGAGAUUGCCCUCGACACUCCCAUCCUCUGGAGCCGAGUUGACGACACCCUGGGGCUCCGAAUGAUAGCUUUCCUCCAGCGCUCACGGUCCGCGCCUGUCUCCUUGUCUACCUAUCUCUCAGUCCCUCACGAGGGCAUCGCUGGCGAGCUCAUCACCACCGUCCUUGAGUCAUGUUGUGAGCGACUCCGUCGCCUCGACGUCAGGUUACACGCCUACGACAUUUUCACCCAUUCUCGCAUCGAUUUUGCGGCACCGAACCUUGAAUGCCUCACAAUCCAGUGCGAGAUCUAUGAUGGCGUAGAAAUCGUUGAAUACCCCUUGCUCCUGCAGGGACAAACGAUGUCUCUGAAGGCGCUUGCGCUUCUCCAUAUCCACCAUUGGCUCCCUGCAAACCUAUUUCCGAAUCUCGUUCAUCUCAACAUUUCCUACUUUUACAUGGAAGAGCUCCCUCUUCUAAUGCUCUCGCAUCUCCUAGCAGGGUGUCCUCGACUUGAAACCCUUCACCUUGGCGAGGUGUGGAGUUAUCCCCUCCUAGACUUGGACCUCACCCCUCCAUCACAGAAAAUCCCAAUGCCCCAUCUUCGCAGCAUUUCCACAUGCUGCACGACCCUACAGACCGCAGCUCAGAUACUUGCCAUCCUUGAGCUCCCACCGAGGAGUCGUAUCAGGAUACAUAAUGCCCCCGUAGAUUCACAUACUUGGGCUGCCGACAACUUACUACCCUCGCUCGAGUUCAUGAAGACGCUCACCCGCCUGGAGGUCGCUGCAGACACUACUUCUUUAUACCUUGUCGCCGAAGGCGACGACGCAGGCCUGUGGAUCCAGGCCAAGUGGGAAGGCGGCUCUCCAAGCGUCUGGCCGCAAUGGCUCGCGGAGCUGCAUAGAGCCAUACCCUUCGCCUCCAUCACCCACUUCCAUGUCGCGCUCACGGAUUGGAGCAUCCUGCGCGAGCUCCUGACACGUAUGUCCGCCCUAUCGGUACUGGGCGUCAUGUCCUUUCCGAACGACGAUGCCGGGCACGAGCCGAUGCUGUCCGAGCUGUCUUCGACGCUCUUGUGUAACUUCGCGGUGGUCUGUCCGGACCUCGCCACGCUCAGCAUACAGUGUAACGUGGCGCCUGACGUUACUCAGAUUGCUUCUCUAGCGACGAGGGAAGGGGCCCGUCGGCUAUCUCGUCUCGUCCUUGACUUUCCUGGCUUAGUCGAUCCGGAGCCGCUUAUGGGACAUGUCGACGAGCUUGAGAUCGGGGACGGUGGCGUCUGCACUUGGGAGAAGAGGGACGGGUGGGACAUCGGGAACGAAUUUUGGCGGCUCCCGGAAGAGGAUGAACCGCGCUGUGUGCUCCCAUGGAAUGUUACUACGCACGGCUAAUAGUACAGUCUUGACUGUGGUAUGUGUCGUAGUAGUGGCAAGCGGAUGCGCACCAACGCUCCGAAUGCUCAAGAAAAAACGGAACGACGUGUUCGCCGACAUAGAAGGACAUCUACGGCUUCGCAUGAUGAUUGGAACAAUGGCAUUGCGUAAUGGAGAGUCUCAGGACGAUCUUCCAUAUAGUAGGUCCAUGUCUGGACCUAUUCAAACGGUCUGCGCGGUUUUGGCCUUGUGGGCGUUCGGGGCUGACUCCUCGGGGCGGCUCAUACUAGGUCCGCGGAGGACGCGUGUCGCGCACCGACAAUCACCUCCGCAUUUCAGCAAGCGGGAGCUGUCUCCAGGUAUACCCAUACCAGUGGACCGCACUCAGACGAGCCGGCGCCCCGUCUCGAAGGUGGCCGGGUAGACGUCCGUGCAUCGCGGGUGCGCACGCAGAGCGCAGUCUGCGUGUACGCCCGUUUUGGCGAGUGGAUCGCGGAUGUGAAAGGUACGUGUUUGCACAUCGAUCGGCUAAUUUCCGUUAAGGUUGUCACCCAGACGGCGACCACGUGCAUGUCACCUGAAGUGUUCGUCCGCUCUGCGGUAGUUGGCCUUUUCUCAUGAAUACCAGGCUUCCGUCGUGUCGGGGCCCUCUCUUGACUGCUCAGUAGCUUCGUAGUCGCUUUUGGAUUCUCGCAUUCACAGGCCAGCUUCGUCCUGUGAGCGCUCACUCUGUCAUCGUCGUUCUUUGCUCUUGAUCAAGUCUUGGUCCGCGUGAAGGUCGCUUAGCGCACCAGGCAUGAUUCCCAAGCAAAGGCGUCAUUGCGUUCCGUGCUGUAGGAAGGU